AGGCGGGUGUUGCGCCAAAUUGUAUAAUGAAGAAAGAAUAAUAAUUUUUGAUAUUCAAGAAAAGUUUAAUUAUUGCGCAAAAAAGAAAAGAAAUUAAUAUUAAACAACUAAAAUAACAAUUUAAAAAUUUUUUGUUUGUUUAGAUUUUUUCGAUAAUUAAAUUAAAAUUACAAGAUAUAAUUAUCAAGUUCAAAAUGUCAAAAGCAGUUAAUAAAAAGGGAUUGCGUCCCAGAAAGUCAGACUCAAUUCUAGAUCAUAUUAAGAAUAAGUUAGAUCAAGAAUUCUUAGAGGAUAAUGAAAAUGGUGAAUAAAGUGAUGAAGAUUACGAUUAAAAGUCUUUAAACAAAGCAAAAAAGCCAUACAAAAAGAGAUAAACUUAAAAUGGAUCUGAAUUAGUUAUUUCUCAAUAAAAAACAAAAGCAAAAGCAUCAGCAAAUAAUAAAAAAAGUGCUAAAAAUAGCCAGAAAUUGGAUGAAGAAGAAAAAAUUGUUGAGGAAGAAGAUUUAUCUCCUCAAAAGAAUGGUGCUGUAUCUGAAGAUGAUUAGCAAUAAGAAGCCUCUACAUAAGAGGAUGACUACUUAGAUAGAUUACCUAAAUCAAAAAAAGGACUUUAGGGAUUAUUAUAAGAUAUUGAAAAGAGAAUUCUUCAUUAUAAAUAAUUAUUUUUCAAAGAAUAAAAUGAAAUAGCUAAUGGAAAAAGGAGUAUGGUACCAGAUAAUUCAAUUCCAAUUUGCUCAGAUGUUACAAAACUUAAUUUCUAAGCUUUAAUAGAUGCAUAAAUGAGACACGCUGGUAAGAUGUUCGAUGUUAUUAUGAUGGAUCCUCCUUGGUAACUCUCAUCCUCUCAACCUUCAAGAGGUGUAGCUAUUGCUUAUGAUUCUCUAUCAGAUGAAAAGAUUUAAAACAUGCCAAUCCAAUCUCUAUAACAAGAUGGAUUUAUUUUUGUUUGGGCAAUUAAUGCUAAAUACAGAGUUACAAUAAAAAUGAUUGAGAAUUGGGGUUAUAAAUUAGUUGACGAAAUAACUUGGGUAAAAAAGACUGUUAAUGGUAAAAUCGCAAAAGGACAUGGAUUCUACUUGCAACAUGCUAAAGAAAGUUGUUUAAUAGGAGUAAAGGGAGAUGUUGACAAUGGCAGAUUUAAAAAGAACAUUGCUAGUGAUGUUAUUUUUAGUGAAAGAAGAGGUUAAAGUUAGAAGCCUGAAGAAAUUUAUCAAUAUAUAAAUUAACUUUGUCCUAAUGGAAAUUAUUUAGAAAUCUUUGCCAGAAGAAAUAAUUUACAUGAUAAUUGGGUUUCAAUAGGAAAUGAAUUAUGAAAAAAAGUUAUCCUUAAAUAUUUAAAUAAAAUAAUUUACUUGUAUAUAAUUAAAUAUCUAUUAGUUUGUGUUAUUUAUUUUAGGUGUGUCCUUAUAAACACUUACUCAAAAUUACAUUU